UUUUUUUUUUUAUAAAAUAAAACAUUCUCGUACGUAACGCCACGUAUAUUAUAUAAUAAUAUUUUUUUAAAUAGAUAUGUAUUACAAGGCAGAAGGAUAGUUGAUAUAGCAUAUUUAUUCAAGGCAAUUCAAAGUAUACGACACAAUAAGUUUGACUGUACAUUUUCUAACUUGCAAAUCAUAAAUGAAAAAAAAAAUGGAUUUCUUAGCACAUUUGUUUUUAAAUGUAACAUGUGUGGUACGAUAGAAAAUAUUUACUCAGAAGAUCCCGAACGAAAAGGAUUCAAUAUAAAUACAGCGGUUACCUCUGCCAUACUAAACACGGGACAAGGAUAUUCCCAAUUGGAAGAAUUUUGUGGUAUACUUGAUAUGUAUUGUAUGUCAUUUCCUACUUACCAAAAUAUUCAUGAGGAAGUUAGUCAAAAUAUAUUUAGUGUAAGUUUGGAAGAGAUGAAGAAAGCUGGACAAGAGGAAUCAAAAAUUGCAAUUGAAAACGGAGACGUUGAUGAACAAGGUCGUCCCUUGGUAACCGUAAUUGCAGAUGGGGCGUGGUCAAAAAGAUCAUAUAAAAGCAAUUAUAAUGCUUUAUCUGGCGUCGCUUCCAUAUUUGGAUGGAAUACAAAAAAAUGUUAAUUUGUUGGCGUUAAAAAUAAAUAUUGUAUUAUUUGUCACCGUGCUUCCCAACAAAAUGAACCACCCAGGUCUCACGUGUGCUAUAAAAAUUGGAAUAGUACCUCUACUUCUAUGGAGUCAAGUAUAAUUGUUGAAGGUUUCAAGGAGAGUAUUCCAAUGCACAACAUAAUAUAUGAUAAGUUAAUCGGAGAUGGUGACAGUAGUGUGAUAAAGAACUUGAAUUUAACUAAA